GCCGGACGCGAGUAAUGGCUGCCGCGUACGAGCAGGUCCAGAAGGGACCGCUGAAGCUGAAGGGCGGCGCCGAGGUCGGCGUGACCAAGCGGAAGAAGAAGAAGAAGAACAAGGACACGGCGAAGCUUCUGGAAGCCAUGGGCUCCAGCAAGAAGAGCGAGGAGGAGAAGCGGCGCGGCCCAGACCCGCGGACGCCGGCGCAGGCAGCCUUCGAGAAAAUGCAGGAGAAGCGACAAAUGGAAAGGAUCCUGAAGAAAGCAUCGAAAACCCACAAGCAGAGAGUGGAGGACUUCAACAGACACCUGGACACGCUGACGGAGCACUACGACAUCCCCAAAGUCAGCUGGACCAAGUAGAGCUGCUGCCUGCAGGCGGUGCCCCUUCCAUCUCCCCAUCUGCCCAGCCUCCUCCUGAUUUCCAUCCUCCAUCCUGGCCUCACUAAACUCACACCUUGUGGCUUCCAGCUCUGCUACCCUUGGCAGCUCCUAGGAGAGAGCUGGGGCCUUAUCCAGGGUGAAAGGUCAUUUGUAGGUGGGUGCUAUAUGAAGAGGCCCAGUCAGCUGUAAAAUGGUGCACCCCCACAGGCUGCCCUCACGGAACUCCUCCAGGAACUGCUUCCACCAGCUGCCUCCCUCCAACUUGGGACUCAUUGUUCCAUCCAGGCUCCUGCAGCUGUGUGACCUCCAAGCCAUGGACACCGAGGCCAGGCAGCCUGCAUGGCAGAGUAGCCACUCAAGGCCAGGGUGGAGCCUUGCUCCUGAGCCACCGCUAGGGAGUGGCCCUUCUCUGCCACCAUGGCAGAUCUUGCUGAUUGAUCAGUCAGGAGAGAACCUAGGGGUCCCAAGUAUGUGUGCAGUUGUCCUCUGUGUAUGGCUGCCUGGCCUCCUGGCCUGAAGACACUUUAUGAGUGACAGGAGCAGGGCAGGCCAGUGAUGCCUGGGGCCAGUAUUCAGCCAGGGUCUUUAAGGGUCGCCAAGUACCUCGUGGUCAGACAGACCCUGAAACAAGUAAGCAACCCCAAUAACAGUCCUCAGGCUGUGUGUAACCUGUACAAUAAAGCUAACCAGUAUCAGCUGCCACUA